AUGGCAUUAUACGACGUUCAUCCUGUUGACCUUCCUAUACAAUUGCCGGUGAGUACUGGGUCAUUGGUCAUUGGGUCUGGGGAUUCAUGCCUUUUUCAGUCGUCUAUAUCACAACUGCUUGUAACCAAUGUGGUUCCUUCGGAAGUCCAAAUGCGCGAAAUGAGGGGUCUAGUCUGCACUUUUGAACAGCAUCGCAUUACGCUCAAGCGUGAAAUCCUCCGUGUACAAGGCAUUUUGGCAGAAAUGCAGAAAAGUCAGGCCGAAGUAGAAAACUUGAUAUCAAGUCUGGAAGCCGGCCUUGAUUCUCCUAUCAGGAGGUUGCCUCCCGAGAUGUUAUCCAAGAUAUUUGAGCACUGCCUUCCUCUUGAAGAGAAGUCACAAGUGUCUACGAACGAGCCUUCUAUUUCUCAUGCACCUCUACUUUUGGGUAGAGUUUGUAGUACUUGGCGUGCGAUAUCACUUUCAACGCCUCGCUUAUGGUCUUUUCUCAAACUCGUGGUCCCGUGUAUCUGCACAGAUGCUGUUGUUGAUAAACAGAGACAAAUUAUGUCAACAUGGCUCCAGCGCUCAGGCUCCGUUCCUAUGUCGCUUCGGUUCAUCCAUCAAGGAUAUAGCACAUCCAAUCUAUCCUCGAUCUACGACACGGUGAUAUCCUAUGCUUCUCGUUGGCGAAUUUUGGACUUCUUAGUACGCGAUAAGAGCGCCAUUGAUACUUUGUUUCCCAUCUUUGAGGCUAGUUUCUCUUCGCUUGAGUACUUGAAUGUACAUAGCGACUUGAACAAGUCAGAUGGCGAGGGUCAUUCUACCAUUCCAUCCGCCAUCGUCAACCUAAGCAGUACUUCUCUACGCCGUCUAGCCCUGUCCUGGAACUCAAUGGACAUGAGCAAGAUCCACGUUCCAUGGUGCGGUAUUACCCAUCUAUCGCUCAUGGAUGUGCGUCGCGGUGCAUGGAGUCCUCCUGUCUUUGCAUAUUUAGACAUUUUAUGUCAAUGCCCAAAUCUUAUAGAAUGCGUACUCGGAAUUGGUGCAGUUGAACAACGAUCUCCAUAUGUGUUUGUCGAUCUGCCCCGAAUGGAAAGAUUGCAGCUGCGCACCCUAGAGUCUUGUACUCAGACGAGACGGAUGGAAAUGUUGUUUGAAGCGAUCAAUGCGCCUAAUCUGAAAGAGUUUACCCUUGAAGAAACCCACUCGGACAACCCAGCCUCAUACAUCGCAGAGUUGACUUCGUUUCUUAAGCGGUCUCAGUGGUUGAAGAAGCUGAGCCUUCGAUCUGUUUGGGUCAGACAGGAGGAAUUUGAGCAGUUGUUGUCUGCAGCUGCUUCCAUUACUCAUUUUUCGUUCCACUCAUGUCAUGUCUGUCUUCCCCUCGAUAUAAUCGAUUCAAUGACGCCUCGAAUAUCCUCUGAUGGACGUGCCACGUGCUUGGCCCCUGUUCUGGAGAGUCUGGAUCUGGAAUGGGACAACGCGGACGUCCUAGAGAGCAUAAUCUUGAUGAUGGAGUUAAGGCAGAGGAAUAAUACUCAAGGACGCGGAGUCGCGCAAUUGAGGCAAGCUGGGUGCAGGCCUAGUCAGCUCAUUCAGUGCAGGACCCUUGGGAUGCAGGUUAGAGAUAGGUUACUUGCUUUAGGGGGAAGGCUUCAACGGUGCUAUGAGCUUGGGCUAGUGAGGCUAGACAUUCAUUGA